AAAAGAAUAUGGUCCCAUUUUCCGUCUUCAAAUGGGAUGCCAGGAAAUGGUGGUGCUGACUGGCUAUGAGACAGUCAAAGAGGCUUUAGUCAACCAGGCAAAGGCAUUUGCAGAGAGAGCUGUUGUCCCCAUUUUUGAGGACUAUGCAAAGGGGUUUGGUGUUAUUUUUGCUCAUGGUGAGAACUGGAGACAGAUGCGGCAAUUUUCAAUAGCUGCAUUGCGGGAUUAUGGGAUGGGUAAGAGGAUUGUUGAAGACAAAAUCAGUGAAGAGUGCAGUGUCUUGAUAAAAACAUAUGCGACUUAUGAAGCAAUUUUGUCACUCGUACCACUUCUCCUGGCCAUCUGGGCAUCUGUAAACCAUGCCAAUGAAGAGGAAGAUGACUGGAUGAAAUGUUUUGAGGACCCUAACUAUGAGGAGCUGUUAAAUAUUGCCAGAAAUGGGCUGGAAAAGACUUCAAACCCAAAAAGAAUUGUGAUUGUUGGGGCAGGAAUAAGUGGACUCACUGCUGCCAAAUUACUGAAAGACGCUGGACAUCAGGUCAGCAUAAUUCAAAUUUUACACCAGAUGCAAAAUCUCAACAAAUUAAGAGAUUUAUUUGUAGAUGGCAUUUUUGUCUCCAUGUUUCUUGGCUUCCUCAACCUCUUCAGUUUUGAGGAAAUCACAGGUGGAUUUGACCAGCUGCCCAACAGCUUCUGUCAGGAAAUGUCCAAGAUAAUCUAUUUAAACAGCAGAGUGGAAAAGAUAAUUCGCUCCAGCAAGUACGUGAAGGUGUUUUUCCACAAGGACGAUGAAGAUGACUCAUCAUUUCUGAUUGCUGACUACGUCCUUGUCACAGCAACAGCAAAAGCCACACGACUCAUCAAAUUCCAGCCCCCUCUUUCCCUUUCAAAGGCUUAUGCUCUACGCUCAUUGCAUUAUACAAGUGCUACUAAAAUUGCUUUAGUUUGCAAAGACAAAUUUUGGGAGAGGGAAGGAAUCCGAGGUGGGGCGUCCCUCACUGACCUCCCAACACGAUUAGUCACCUAUCCCAGUCAUGACUUCCCUGGUGGCCUUGGGGUGCUCCUGGUCUCAUACACCCUGCAUGAUGAUGCUGACUUCUUUGCUCCUCUUAGUGAUGAUGAAUGUCUUGAUGUAGUUAUGGAUGACCUUUCAAAAAUCCACAACAUCUCCAAGUAUUAUCUUGAAAGUGUGUGCAACAGGCAUGUGAUUCAGAAAUGGGCCCUGGAUAAAUUCUCCAUGGGGGCCUUUACUUUUCCUACCCCAUACCAGUAUAACUUUUUUCUCAAGGCUUUGUUUCAGAAUGAAGGUAGGGUAUACUUUGCAGGAGAACAUACAACUUACCCUUUUGGUUGGAUUGACAGUUCAAUGAAAUCGGCUAUAAGAGCGGCAUGUAGCAUUCAUCUUAAUGCUCAUAAAUCUAUAUCCCAGGAUCUGAAGGACUCAGUCUGGUGA